UAGCCCCCUCCGCCUCCUCCAUCCGGGUGCUGGGGUUAGGAUAAGAGGCUGACUGCGCCUGCGCGCCCAGCCCCACUCGGUUCGACCUCUGCCGCAGCCACCCGAGGGAGACAGAAGAGAAAGCUGCCUAAGUCGAGCCCUCGCCUCCCGCCACCUGGUCCCUUCUUCCGUCGCCGCUGCCCCAGCUGCCCCUAAGAUGUUCGCCUGCGCCAAGCUUGCCUGCUCCCCCGCUCUGAUCCGUGCUGGAUCCAGAAUUGUAUACAGACCAAUUUCUGCAGCAGUGUUGUCUCGACCAGAGGUCAGGAGUGGAGAGGGCAACACGGUAUCUUAUGGGGCCCAGAACAGGGUGUCUCAGAUAGCACUACGGGAGUUCCAGACCAGUGCUAUCAGCAGAGACGUUGACACUGCUGCCAAAUUUAUUGGUGCAGGUGCUGCCACAGUAGGAGUGGCUGGUUCUGGUGCUGGUAUUGGAACUGUCUUUGGUAGUCUGAUUAUUGGUUAUGCCAGAAACCCUUCACUGAAGCAGCAGCUGUUCUCAUAUGCUAUCCUGGGAUUCGCCUUGUCUGAAGCUAUGGGUCUCUUUUGUUUGAUGGUUGCUUUCUUGAUCUUGUUUGCCAUGUAAUAAAUUGCUUCUUGAAAUGUUGACAUUUAAUACAAAUUACGGAUGUAAUUCUGUGUAUCUUACUGUGGCUCCAAAAACUGUUGUGUUGGUGUCAUGGAAAUAUACAUUAUUUCCAAAGUCAUUUCAUUAAAGAUGAUAACUUUAAUUUUUGCUGUCACUUGUACUUAUUAUGUUGAACUUAGCACAUGGGAACACAUGCUCUGGUAUAAAUUGUACUGCUAAGCUGAAUGAAUUUAUUAACUUUUUGUCUGUGCUGGUAUUUGAGUGAUGUAAAAUGGAGAUUGUUGUAUAUUGCAUCUGUUUUUCAUGUUUGCCUAAAAGAAAUAUGUAUGUAUAAACUAUUCUUCCAUGAGAAAUACUGGAAGCUGUAUUUGGUAAUGUUAUUACAAAAGUUAAUUUAAAAAGCACCAUAAUAUGGAAUUGAGCCUCUUCUAAGUUGGUAGUUCCUUUCCACAUCAAACUUGCAUUUUAAAAUCCUUUGCAAAUAAGUUUGGUUGGCUUUUUUUGUGACUUAAUCUCUAGUUAGUGCCUACUUAUAAUUAUAUGUGCAAGAGCCAUAGUAAAGAUUCUUAAAAAUGAAUUAUGUCAGAGGUUUUAAAUACUUCUUAGAUGUUAUAACCUUAAGCUAUAAAAAUCUGAUUUAAUUUCAGGUUUUAUCUUAAAUAAGUUUGUGGUAAAUCCUGCCUUCAUAUAUGUGAUAUAUGAUACGUAGGAAAUGAAAGUAAUUAGCAAAGCUCUUUUCUGGUUUGAGUUUGGUUUCCUCAUUUAGUCCCAUAUUCAAAUCUUGUAUUCCAAUAAAGUAGCCAAGUAAUGCC